AAUACGCGAAAAUUCAUUAGCUGAUGAGGGCAGAAGGGAAAUUCAUCCUGAUGGGGGCAGAAGGGCUCAUUUUUUCCAAACCUAAUUAGUUUUCAAGCCUAAUUCACAAGCUGCACUGCAGAAAUUGAAGGGAUUCAACAAGAAUGUCGGGCAUCUAUAAUCGGGCUCCAUCUGCUCCUUCCAAGACUGCUCUCCCGCCUCAAGAACUCCUCGACGAUCUCUGCAGUCGAUUUGUUCUUAAUGUUCCUAAGGAAGACCAGCAGUCUUUUGAGAGAAUUCUGUUUCUUGUAGAGUAUGCACAUUGGUUUUAUGAAGAUAACUCGGUUGAGAAGGACCCAUCCUUGAAGUCAUUAACUUUGAAAGAAUUUACUUCGUUAUUGUUUAACAACUGUGAUGUUCUAAAACCAUAUGUUGCACAUAUAGAUGACAUAUUUAAGGAUUUUACUUCGUAUAAAGUUCGGGUUCCAGUUACAGGUGCCAUUAUAUUGGAUGAAACUUACGAACGGUGCUUACUAGUGAAAGGAUGGAAAGGAACUAGUUGGAGCUUUCCCCGAGGGAAAAAGAGCAAAGAUGAGGAAGACCAUAAGUGUGCCAUUAGGGAGGUCCUCGAGGAGACAGGUUUUGACGUUUCAAAUCUUCUUAAUACAGAUGAUUUCAUUGAGAAUAUCUUUGGACAGCAGAGAGUGAGACUGUACAUAGUUGCUGCAGUUAAAGAUGAUACACACUUUGCUCCACUCACUAAGAAAGAGAUAAGCGAAAUUGCAUGGCACCGUCUUGAUGAACUUCAACCGGCAAAUGACAACGUCAUAUCUCGUGGAAGUACUGGGCUGAAGCUCUACAUGGUUGCUCCAUUUCUGGCAGACUUAAAGUCGUGGAUUUCUGUGCAUCCGCCACCCAUAGCACCUCGACCUGAUAAACCUCGCAAAGGAAUCACUAUGUGGAAGGCCAAAACCAGUUCGACUGGAAGCAGUUCAUUAGCACUAGAGAGCCAAUCGAACCGUGUAGUCGGGGAUGUGAAUCCUCCUCCUCCUCCACCUGAUUCAGGCCCAGGUAGGAGCUUUAUAAACUUCAGAUUUAAUACUGCUCCUAUAUUACAAGCUGUCGACGAUGCGUUCUCAACAUGAAAUACUUCUUUUUUUCCUUUUCUUUUUUUUGGGUGGGGGUGGGGGGUAGUGAAAACUUGUAUGCUCAUGAUCCUGUGGCAUUUCAAAAUUUAUUAGCGGUGGAUAUCAUCAAGUAGGGCUUCGCUGUAUAUUUUGUGGUUGUGAGUUCAUAUGUUGACUGCUCCUUGUCUUGUCUUGUCUUGUGUUGUCUUAGUGUUGUGCAUAACAUAACAAAGUUAAUGUUGUUGCUACUCUUCAGGUUUUGUGUUGUGCAUAACAUAACAAAGUUAAUGUUGUUGCAA